AUGACCUCGCCUCUCAUAGCCGAGAGAAACUUUUCGGCGAUCAAUGGCUCAGCUAUGGAUACAAACGAAGACAAGGAGGAUUCCAAAACUAUCCUAGAUCAUAAUUGGAAAAUGGUCAGCCAGCGACAGCGGGACGCGUCAACAAGAGUUCUCCAGAUGCUGGAGAGAACAACAAACGAAGUGACGAGUCUCCAAAGUGGUCUUUUCAACGUUCAGUCCAUUACGGCAGCGCAGAAUUCUUUGAAAGAAGCUCAAAAGGGUCUCGAGCUGAACAGGUACCUGCUGGUCUUCACGAUCGUGACUAUCGUAUUUCUUCCCCCAACAUUCGCCGCAACAUUUUUCGGAAUGGAUGCUUUCAGCUUCGACACAGACCAAGCUACGCGAAGGCUUUUCUGGACUGUUUUUGCGGUUCUGAGCGGAGUGACCUAUGCAUUGGCAUUCCUCGGACUUUUUGGGUUCCAUCUUGUGCCUACUAAGAGGAAUCAGUUGAUGAGUCGAAUGAAUUCAAAGUGGGACGAAGUCGUGUUGAAGCUCAAAGAGAGACGAGGAAACAGGAAUCCAGCAAGAAGUAGCGAACAAGCAUAG